AUGUCGCAGCGGGGGCGGCACCUCGUCCGCCUGUCCUUCGGCGUGAAGGAGUGGGGCUCGGGCACGGAGCUCUGGCGGUCCUCCCCCGUGUUAGUGUACACCCCGUCCCUACCCGAGCGCGGCGACGACGCGCUCGAGCUCGGGGCGCGGUACUGCCCGGACGACGAGCUCCAGGUCUACGACGACGCGCGCGCGAACCUCGUCCACAUCUCCAUCUCGCUCGACGGCGGCGACCCCAUCAUCCUCCCGAGCACGGACGCCUUCCGCGCGGCCAUCGGUCUCGCGGAGAAGGCCGGCGACGUCGUCUACACGCUCCUCGCGCGGAUUCCGACGCCGUCGACGACGGUCUGCUCGCGGGUCUGCUGCGGCGCCAACCUCGCCGCCAACGAGGAGUUCAACGAGGUCGCCGCGCAGUUCUUCUUCGCGACCGACCGCCGGAAGGGCGACCUGAAGAGGCCCCGCGGCGACAAGCGAGUCAAGCUCGUGUUCCCUAACGGGACGCAGCGUACCGUCGAGUGGACCGCCGCCUGGCCGUCCGAGUCCAUGCCACUGCUGCUGACGACGGCCAUCAUCUCCGAAUUCCGGAGAUGCAUGGCCGUCGACGCGGCCGAGGGCGGCGCGACGGCGGCGUCGAUGUGCGCCGCGUCGGCCUCGGACGCGCACGUCGCGUUCCGCUUCGAGGAGCGCGCCGACGGCAAGGUCCGCGUCAUCGUCGUGUCGGGCACGGUCUUCAUGAUCUGGCCCGACAUCUUCGAGCUCUGCAACGUCCGCGAGAAGGUCGCGAUCGCGCUCGACGUCUCGAGCGCCGCGGCCGAACGCGUCGCGCCGACGCCAUUCCACUACCGAUGUCCGUUCUGUGAGCGGAGCGUCGCCGGCCGUUCGAUGAACGACCUCUCGGCCCUCCUGGCGCACAUGGGCCGCUGCUGCCCGAACGACGACGCGCGGCGCGCCGUCGCGCGCCUCGAGCGCCUCGCCGCGAAGUCGUCGCUCGGCCCCCGCGAGGACGCCGCCGAGCUUUCGCCGCCCGCGGGCCCGAUGCUGCGGCCGCCGACCGCGUCCGUCGCGGGGCAGCGCCUCGACGUGCUGCGGCUCCGACCUCUCGGGCCCGAGCUGUCGUCGGGCGCUCGGGCCUUGGACGCGAUGAUCGGGUCCGGCGCGCUCGCGCGCUCGCACCCCAUGACCGAGCGCAUCGACGUCUUCUGCCGGAGCAUGAGCGGCCUGAGCGUGAAGUGGGGGGGCACGGAGUCCCUCCUGUCCUUGGAGCGCAACGUGAAGACGCACGGCAACGUCUACGGCUUGCGCGGCGGCGCCGGAUCCAGCGACCUCGACGACCGCCAGCAGCCGACCCUGCAGACCAUCGCCGCGACGAACGACGUGCUCGUGCCGCCGGGCACGCACCGGAACUCGCGGCUCGCGCUCCAGCCCUACUCCGGGUCCUACCCCGACGGCAUCAUGCGGGCCUACGAGGCCGUGUCCGACGCGUGCGGCGCGCCGACGCUCGGCGCCGCGGGCGACGGCGCCGUCCUCGCUCGCGUGGCCACCGGCCAGUUCGACGGCGUGCCCGUGGCCGUCGGCGCCUCGCCCGUCUACGCCACGGCCUCGGACGACGAGGCCGUCGUCUUCGUCGGCUUCUACCCGCCCGUGACGCAGGCCGACGCGCUCAAAUUCGCCGACGACGUCGCCCUGGACCCCGCGGCGGCCAUGGAGACGCUCAUGGCGGGUCGGCAGAUGGUCUCGGGCGUCGACUUCAGCCACUUGGUGCUCGUCGGCACGAACCUGUCGUUCCCCGUCGCGAAGCACUUCACGCCUCCCAAGGGCGGCGGAAAAGCCGCCGACCUCCGCCAUAUCGGCCGGGCCUGGUCGUCGGCGCUCGUCUGCAACCGCUGCCGCGGCACGCGCUGGGCCGACGACUGCGUGUCCAGCCGGCUCUGCGCGACGGGCGAGUGCGUCUACCGCCCGCCGACGGCCGCGCGCUGCGCGACGGACGCGCCCUGCGACGAGUGCCGCGCCUUGGGCCACACGACGGCGAACGGGCGGCUCCGCGCGUGCCGGCGCAGCCUCGAGGCCAAGGCCCAGUGCAGGCGGUUUGCGGUGCUGGUGGUGACGGCGGACGGCGAGCACUCGGCCGCCGUCAACGCCUGCAACGAAUACGUCGCGGCGUUCGUCGACGGCUCGGUCCCGCAGCCGCUCGAGGCCCUGAUCUCCGCGGCGCCGGGCCUGCGCGAGUUCCUGCGCGCCGAGCGGCCGCUGUGCCUCGUGGACUUCGUGCACUCGCUGCGCCGCAUCUGGGGCAAGUCCCAGGACUACUUCCUGCUCUCGGGCGACGAGCUCGUCUCGACGCACCUGCUCAUGGCUCUGCGGAGCUUCGCGGCCCGGCCGCACGAGUGGGUGAAGCACUUGUCGACGAAGGCGCUCCGCGCCAAGAACAGGCUCUGCUCCCAGUCCGUGGUGAGCCUCGGGCGCCUGCUCCUCGAGCGGCUCGUCGCCACGGACGCGCCGCGCGGCGUCGCCGUCACCGUGGUCCCCGAGACCUACCUC